UUCCCCCUGCGCCGCCGGGAGCCGCCACCCGCGGCGGGCAGGAAGCGGGCGGGCAGCGGAGGAUGCCGGAGACCGGGCAGGAGCCGCCCAGCGCCCCGCCGCCGCCGCCGCCCCCUCCCAAGGAGUCGUUCUACAUCAAGAACCUGCUCAACGGAGACCCCCCCAAAGCGGCCCCCAAGCAGCCGAGGGCUCUGUUCGCCCCUUCGGGUAAAGCGGACGGCUCCGGCUUCGCCCUCUCGCAGGUGGGAGAUCUCUCCUUUCCCCGCUUCGAGAUCCCGGCGCCGCGCUUCGCUCUGAGCGCGCACUGCCUGGAGCGAGCCCAGACCUGGUGGUACCCCUACGCGCUGACACCGGCCGGAGCCCACCUGCCCCGCACCGAAGCCGCGGAGAAAUCCCUCCUGCGGGACUCGUCCCCAGCGUCGGGCACCGACAGGGACUCCCCGGAGCCGCUGCUCCAGGGGGGGGACGCGGAGCAGAAGGAGCGGGACCCCAAGAGCCCCGCCGAGAUCGUGCUGGAGGAGAGCGACUCGGAGGAGGGGAAGAAGGAGGGCGGCGCGGAGGACUGGAAGAAGCGGGAGGAGAGCCCCGAGAAGAAGCCGUGCCGCAAGAAGAAGACGCGCACGGUGUUCAGCCGCAGCCAGGUCUUCCAACUCGAGUCCACCUUCGACAUGAAGCGCUACCUGAGCAGUUCGGAACGGGCCGGCCUGGCCGCUUCGCUGCAUCUCACAGAGACCCAGGUGAAGAUUUGGUUCCAGAACCGCCGCAACAAGUGGAAGCGGCAGCUGGCGGCCGAGCUGGAGGCGGCCAACCUCAGCCACGCGGCCGCGCAGCGCAUCGUGCGCGUCCCCAUCCUCUACCACGAGAACUCGGGCGCGGAGAGCAGCGCGGCUGGAGGCGGCGGUCCCGGCCCGCAGCCUUUGCUCACCUUCCCCCACCCCGUUUAUUACUCCCACCCCGUGGUCACCUCCGUACCGCUCCUGCGGCCCGUCUGAGCCCCUCGCGGAGCGGCGCGGAGCCGCCCGUAAGUAGCGCUGCGGCCCUACAGCCGGAGCCGGGGAGAGGGGGAGCGGGAGGGUGAGUGUGUGUGUUGGGGGGGGAAUAGGGGUUAAAGGGGAAGGGGGUGGGGAGGGGAAGGAAAAGUGUAACGCCAAAAUAAUUAAGGGAGCAAAAGUGGGGAAGGGAAACGAAAAACGGACACCGUAGGGCACCCCGGGGCUGUCACAACCUUUUGUAACCUCGAACACACACGGCGAUGGUCUCUGUGGCUUUAGGUUUAUUUUUGUACAAAAGAAAAAAUUAAAAAAAAAAAAAAAAAGAAAGAAAAUAAAUAAUAAUAAUUAAACUUAAAAAAAAAAAGGAUCCCACGCCGCUCCUCGAGAUCCGCCAAAUCGAGAAAGCCAAAAGAAAGAAGGAAUUGUAUCAUCCCGUCCAUGUCGGAGCGCUGCUCUGCCCCGAGCUCACCGGGCGGCCGCGUUCAGCCGCGGGGGGCACAGCCGGGAGAUGGGGGGUGAAGGGGGGGAGGCGGGGAUGGCCGCUCUGUUCGGGUAUCUGAAGUCUCCCGUCGGAUUCCCGUUCCUAUUUUCCUGCUCGUUGUUUCGGGGUGGUUAUUUUUGCUGGUUGUUUUGGUUUGUUUUUUUUCCCUGUGAUGUUAUUUCGGUCUUUGGGGCCAAAAAAAAAACAAAACAAAAAACGAAGGGAACAUCUGUACAAUUUGGGUUUCUUUUGUAAUACUGAUCGAUAAUGAUGAUGAUGAUGAUGAUGAUGAUGAUGAUGAUGAUGAUGAUGAAUCCUUAUUUUUAUUCUUGUACCUUUGAACUGUGCAAUACUGUACGACGAUUCUCGAAGCACUGCUUUUACCCGAAGAGGGGGUGAGGAGAAGGAGGGGGGGGGGGUCUUUAGCGUUGUCUAACUGCGUUUCGCUCGUGUUGUACGAAAUAAAAUGAACUAAUAAUGAUGAUAAGAAGAAUUAAUAAGAAUACAAUAAAAUCCAAUAGAUGGAAGAGAAGGGAGAGGCGUGGGGGGCUCCGCACCCUCCCGGCCCCGCGGAGCAGUGCGGGCGGUUCGGCGGGCCGGGCUCUAUUAGUGAAGGACAAUCAAUUUAAAGGGGGGAUUUUCGUUUCUUUGCUCCGACGUCGCAGUUUUGUUCUGAGCUUCUUCGGAGCGUUGGGACCGAGGGUAGAACCGAACCGGGACGGCCUCCCCCCUCCCCACCGCCCUCCCCCGCGGCGUUCCCCCGUUGUCGGCCGUUCUUCCCGAGGGUUUUGGGACGGGCGCCGUUCUUUUCCUUUCGGAUUUUCUCAUUGCUUUUAUUUCUCUUCCCUCCCCCCUUCUCGGUUGUAUCCCCCCCUCCCUUUGCUUUCUGUUAGGGAUCGUUCCUAUUUUUACAGCCUAUAUUGUUAUCAAACUGAAUGUUGUGGUGGAAAAUAAUAAUAAUGCUAAUAAUAAUAAUAAUAAAAAUAA